AUGGAAUGCACAACAUUCGAAACAAUGUGCGAAGACUGCCAAUAUGAUUACAUGAUGCUUGAAGACCAGGAAGAAGCCGGAGAUACCCUUGAAUAUGAGCCACAAACAUAUCCAAUAGUUUUCAAAUCCAUGUGGGAAUCCGGCGAUAUUCCGUUCGCCCUCGAGGAAGAUUAUGCCCGGAGACUCUUGACUAACGUGCAGUAUCGACUACACGAGCGUUUCAGGAAGCCGGUUUCUGUCGCUUGCAAUUACGAAAUGUUUCAGCGGUCGAGGGGUCUGCUUGUAUGUGCUAGUUUAUUGAUUGAUUUCCCGUGUGAAGCUCUGCCCGUGAACAUGAAGUCGUUUCUUCGCAGGGCAUUAGGGUCGAAACAGGGAUCUAAAGACUGGACCACAAGAAUUGAAGUGGACGAUCAAUUGAAGGAGUAUAUUCUUGGGGGCGAGGGCGCCGGAGUUGAAAAUUGGGAUGCUUAUAUUACUUCGAAUCAGGACGACUUGUGUUCUGGUCGUUUGCGCUGGUUUACCGACAGAGCAAAUGGUGCCUGUAAAUGGCGCAUUGUGUUCACAACCUAA